UCCAUACUCGGCCAAGCCCUGCUGCGGCCUUUAUCACGACGUGUCGUCCGUGGACCGGCCUGGACUUUGGCCUUACACGGGUCGUCAAGUCAACCAAUACCUAAGGCCGGGCAUCCACCCGACCCGAAUAACUUCAACAGGUCCAUCAUUUUCGUUUUGUCUCUCAGAGCUGGUUCUAGUUAGCGGGAGAGCUCGUAUAUUCUUACUGUUAACCGAUCGUAAGACCCUGGUCAACAUGAGCGGGAGUGGUAGAAAAAAUGCUCGAACCAGAACCAGAUCCUCCGCCGAUGCCAGUAAAGACGACGAUGGCGACGAUCUUUCUCUCCGUCAACCAAAACCUGGUUUCAGACCUCGUAGAGAUAGAGGGAGAAAUCAAAGUUCGCUUCGGAUUUUCAAUGUCGAUCUCAAAGUCAUGCUAGGGCUUAGCGUAUUGGCAUUCUUCGUCAUCUUGUUCGUGAUCUAUAACCUAAUUAAGCCCGCUGAAGAAGUUCAGAGACCUAGAGUUGUCACGCCCUUCCCUGCACCAAAAAUCAUGGACCUCCCUCAGUUUCAAGGCGAGCACAAGGAGAGCUUGUAUUGGGGAACUUAUCGGCCUCAUGUUUAUCUCGGAAUUCGUGCUAGAACUCCUCGGUCAUUGGUUGCUGGAUUGAUGUGGCUUGGUGUAAAGGACGGAAGGUAUUUCAUGCGGCAUGUCUGCCAAGAUUCUGAUGAGCUGAGCAAAUAUGGUUGGACUCAUCAUAAUGGUCGCGAUUUUGGACGUCAAUUGUUGAUUGACCAGGACAUGACCUUGGAAACUAGUUUCUUCAAAUCAAAAGAAGCCGGUAGUGGCUAUGGAGGAGAUUGGGCAGUUCGUGUUGAUGUGCAGAAUGAGAAAUCUGGCGAUGGGGAACCCUGGAGAAGUGGACAUCUCUUUUUCUAUGUGGCUGAUGAAGAUGGACAUUCUUUAAGUUUGGGUGGAGAUAGCUUGGACAUCCAUGAGAGUUCUCUUCUUGCAUCCGGUUCCAGAAUGGAUGUUGGAAGAUGGCAGCUACAUUUAAAAUCACUGGAUGACAUGGAAGUUCAUUAUUCUGGCUUUAGGACACCACAUAUUCACAACUUAUCUGAUCUUGUCCAAGAAAGUCUCGUUGAACAAGCAAGAAAGUAUAAUCGACUGCAGCUACCUGACAGAUCAGAUAAUUCUGCAAAUAUUUUGGUUUUUCAGAUUUCUGCUAAGUUUCCUUUCAAGAUAGAUAUUGCAUUUGUAUCUGGAACUGGUUUGGAUAGCUCAAGAGUAGAAGAACGUAUCAGCAGCCUUACAGGCACCUCGCUGACCAGCAAACUGAAAGAGAAGCAAAGAGAAUUUGAUGCAAAAUUUGAGAAGAACUUUAAUAUGAGUAGCAAGCUUCAGAUUGAUUCUGAAUCUGCUGUUGCUGGUAAAGCUGCUAUUGGAAACAUGUUGGGUGGAAUUGGCUACUUCUAUGGCCAGUCAAAAAUUGCAAUCCCAAGAGAUUCCAAUCUGGGAAGUCAUGAGAAUUAUAUUUAUUACUGGCCAGCUGAGCUCUACACUGCUGUUCCAAGUCGACCGUUCUUCCCAAGGGGAUUUUUGUGGGAUGAAGGCUUUCAUCAGCUGUUGAUCUGGCGGUGGGAUAUCCAUAUUUCCUUGGAUAUCAUUGGACACUGGUUAGAUCUAAUGAAUAUUGAUGGGUGGAUUCCACGUGAACAAAUUUUAGGAGCUGAGGCUCUAAGUAAGAUCCCAGAGGAAUUUGUUCCUCAGCAUCCAACUGAUGGAAAUCCACCUACUCUAUUUAUGGCAUUACAUGAUCUAGUUGAUGGUGUAAAGAAAAACAAGUUUACUUCCACUGAGAGCAUUGAGAUCUCUUCCUUCUUAGAACAGGCUUUUGUACGCCUUGAAGCAUGGUUUCAAUGGUUCAAUACUACCCAAUCUGGUAAGGAAACAGGAAGUUAUUAUUGGCAUGGGAGAGACAGCAAAACAACACGUGAAUUAAAUCCAAAGACACUUUCAUCUGGAUUGGAUGACUAUCCACGUGCUUCACAUCCAACUGCAGAUGAACGCCACGUAGAUCUUAGAUGUUGGAUGCUUCUUGCAGCAGAUUGCAUGCAUUCUGUAGCACAGCUGCUCAAGAAGGAAAAUGGAUCUGGAAAGGAGUAUGGUACCACAGCUAAGAUGCUCACAGAUUUUGAAGUUCUGAAUCAGAUGCACUAUGAUGAGGCAUAUGGAGCUUAUUUUGAUUUUGGAUACCACACAGAAAAGGUCCGUUUAAGUUGGAAAGAAAUGAAGGUAGAACAUGGUUAUCCAACUCGAGAGCUUGUACGAGAAGUAUUAGGAAACCCUGAAUUGAGGCUGGUCCCUCAUAUUGGCUACGUGAGCCUUUUCCCACUCAUGAGGAGGAUUAUUCCAUCAGAGUCGUGGAUUCUACAAAAACAACUAGACCUUAUAUCUAACCGUAGCAUCUUAUGGACGGAUUUUGGGCUCCGGUCUCUUUCCAAAACAAGCUCCUUGUACAUGAAACGCAAUACAGAGCACGACGCUCCUUAUUGGAGGGGUCCAAUUUGGAUGAACAUGAAUUACAUGAUUCUAUCAGCUCUUCAUCAUUACUCUAAAGAGGAUGGGCCAUACAGAGAGAGAGCGAAAACCAUCUAUGAUGACUUGAGAACCAAUCUGAUAAGAAAUGUGGUUCGCAAUUAUAACCGAACUGGGUUUUUGUGGGAGCAGUAUGAUCAGAAGAAUGGUAAAGGAAAAGGUCAACGUGUUUUCACCGGUUGGACGUCUCUUGUCCUAUUGAUCAUGGCAGAAGCGUACGGUGAAAUUUAGGACACUAUAAUUGAAGCAUUUUCGCAGAAACCAUUAAAUAAAAUAAAAUUAAAAUUAGAAACCAUUAAAUUAAAUUAAAUUUUGUAUUUAGAUGUUACCCCUCUUGUGGGAGCACGAAGAAUUUUGUUGGGUGUAUUAUAGGAAUACCCUGAUUACUUCAAAUCGUAGAGCAGGACUGCAAGAUGAAUAAUGAUGAAAUUACUUUAUACUGAACAA